UACAAUUCUUGCAGACGAUGACUCUCCUCUCAAAUGAAGAGUUUCUCAGCCAACUGGGGAAAAUGUACAUGGAUGCGAGAUUGGGAGGUGCUAAAUCUGUCUGCGUUACAAUGAAGCCAUAUGAUGGUCGAACCAAAGCGAUGCCAAAAGAUGCGGAUCCGCAACCAGCUGAUGGUCACAAAUGUCUUUUCCGUGCUAAACGUGGUAGGCAACAUAUCAGUACCGUGGUCACAUCGAAGGAGGCGAAAGAAAACAGAUACGGCAGCAAAGCCGAAGCCGUCACCGAAGAAAAGCAACAAGGCCUGAUGAUCUCUAUGUACGUGCUGCAAGUCUGAUUACGGGAGGGCUCGCUGUUUCGUUGUUAUUGUUGUAACUGUGAUAAUAAGUUUACAUCUUAUGUUGUUUUCUUCUAUUUUAUAAUGUCCUGACUGCCUCUUCUUCUGUUUAUUUGCAUGUAUUGGUGAGCUGUACGGAAGCGAUAGUUGCCAAUUUUUUCUUCACAGUUUUUUACAAUGUUUUUUUUUCGAACUAAACAAGCUUUUAGAAAAUGCAGUUGUUACCCAACGCUUUACAGCGUAUUUCAAGUAAUCCGACUUGUCUUUGGCAGAUGAUUUUCUGUACAUUAUAGCAUCGGAUAAUUUUGAGAAAAGAAUAAAUCGUGUUUUGACGUUACCACAC